AUCGCGCCCAUCCUCACACGUUGCAACUGGCGACAUUGUUUCUUCCUGCCGUCGCUCUUCACGCCGCCGCUAGCAUUGGCGUCGAUCCGCAAAAAGCGAGCGCACUUGCUCAGGGACCAGCCGGGCACACGUCAAGGCGCAGGUCAAGCGAGCACGCCGGUCUCAAGACUUUCUGCCUGCCGCGCUCUGGAGACGACUGGGGUAAGCUCGCUCAACUCGAUCAACCUCUGGCGUGAGCUGUGUUCAACGGUCCGCUGGCCCUCGUCCACCUGCAUAUCAACCACUCGACUGCACUGUUGAGCCUGCGGAGAGCACCGGCCUCACCCUCUGCGCCCUUAUCGCACGCGUUCCCAUCAACCGCCCACCCCAUCCCCAUCCACUCAUCCAUUCAUCCAUCCGGCCACGCGGGCAGUGAGUGCGUGUGAGAGAAACAUUGAGCGUCCGCAGUCUGCCCCGAAAAUUCUGGCAGCUGUUUCCUCUCCCAUCCACCACCACUGCACCUUCCCUCUACAUCACCACCAAGACCCAUUGGCGCGACUGCUGUGCGCAUGAUACACUCUUUUUGUCCAACCGCACUCUGAAACCGCAGAUUUUCUGGACGGCGCCGUACACACCACACCGCCACCAUGAGGCCCGAGGUCGAGCAAGAUUUGGCCCACACGCUGCUGGUCGAGCUCCUGGCAUACCAGUUCGCCUCGCCCGUGAGAUGGAUCGAAACACAAGAUGUCAUUCUGGGCGAGAAGGAGACGGAGCGGAUAGUGGAAAUUGGGCCCGCAGACACAUUGGGCGGCAUGGCCAAGCGGACACUGGCUGCAAAGUACGAGGCAUAUGAUGCAGCACGAUCCGUGCAACGGCAGAUUCUGUGCUACAACAAGGACGCCAAAGACAUUUACUACGACGUCGACCCAGUGGAGGAUGAGCCCGCAGCGGCGCCUGCGCCCAGCGAGGGUGCGAGUGCUCCAGCAGCAUCAUCAUCGGCACCAGCAGCGGCAGCUCCAGCGGCAGCUGCUCCACCUCCUUCAGCAGGUGCUGGACCGGCAGCAGCGGUUGCAGAUGCUCCAGUCGGCGCUGUCGAUAUUCUCAGAGCAUUGGUUGCUCAGAAACUGAAGAAGCCAUUGGCGGACAUCCCAUUGAGCAAAGCGAUCAAGGACUUGGUUGGAGGCAAGUCGACACUACAAAACGAAAUUCUCGGAGACUUGGGCAAAGAGUUCGGCUCAACGCCCGACAAGCCUGAAGAUACACCACUCGACGAGCUUGGAGCUUCCAUGCAAGCGACCUUUAAUGGCCAGCUCGGCAAGCAAUCCACAUCGCUUAUUGCACGUAUGGUGUCCUCAAAGAUGCCUGGUGGCUUCAACAUCACAGCAGUGCGAAAGCACCUGGAAACGAGGUGGGGUUUGGGCGCCGGACGACAGGAUGGUGUGCUGCUGCUCGGUCUCACUGCUGAGCCAGCAUCGCGUCUUGGGUCCGAGAACGACGCCAAAGCAUGGCUGGACGACCUUGCCAACAAAUACGCAUCGCAUGCCGGCAUUAGCUUGUCGACUGCACCAGCUGGCGGAGAUGGUGGUGCUGGUGGCGGUGGCAUGAUGAUGGACCCAGCAGCCAUUGACGCCCUCACCAAGGACCAACGGGCACUCUUCAAGCAGCAGCUUGAGCUGUUCGCCCGCUACUUGAAGAUGGAUCUCCGUGCCGGUGACAAGGCAGCCCUGGUGACCAAGCAAAACGAGACCGCACUCCAAGCACAACUCGAUCUGUGGACCACAGAACACGGCGAGUUCUACGCUGCCGGCAUUGAGCCUACAUUCAGCCCCCUCAAAGCUCGUGUCUACGACUCGUCGUGGAACUGGGCCAGACAGGACGCACUCAAAAUGUACUUUGAUAUCAUCUUUGGCCGCUUGACUGCGGUUGAUCGUGAGAUUGUGUCGCGAUGCAUUCUCAUCAUGAACCGAUCGAACCCAUCGCUCCUGGAGUUCAUGCAGUACCACAUUGAUCACUGCCCUACUGAACGCGGCGAAACGUAUCAGCUGGCGAAAGAGCUCGGACAACAACUCAUCGAGAACUGCCGCGAUGUCCUUGGAGAGGCUCCUGUCUACAAGGACGUGGCUGUUCCAACUGCGCCACAUCUCGAGAUCAGCCCCCGGGGUGACAUGGACUACGCAGAAGUGCCACGCCCCAGCGUUCGCAAGCUUGAGCACUACGUUCGUGAGAUGGCCGAUGGCGGCAAGAUCUCCGAAUACGGCAACAGGACGAAGGUGCAGAAUGACCUGCAGCGCGUGUACCGCCUGAUCAAGCAACAACACAAGCUGUCCAAGUCGUCACAGCUUGAGAUCAAGCAGUUGUACAGCAACAUUGUUCGAUCGCUUUCGAUGAACGAGGGCCAGAUCAUGCCAAACGAGAACGGCAAGGCCAACGGACACAUCAAGAAGAGCCGAAAUGGCCGCCUCAAUGGUGCCAUCAACCCAGCCAAGCAGGGCAAGAUUGAGACUGUGCCAUUCUUGCACUUGAAGCGCAAGGAGGAACAUGGAUGGGAAUACAGCAAGAAACUUACGAGCGUCUACCUCGACGGCCUCGAGCAAGCCGCCAAGUCUGGUGUCACGUUCCAAAAUAAGAACGUGCUGAUGACUGGUGCUGGUGCUGGAUCCAUUGGUGCUGAAGUCCUCCAAGGCCUCGUUAGUGGUGGCGCAAAGGUCAUCGUCACCACCUCCCGCUUCUCUCGCGAGGUCACCGAGUACUACCAGGGUAUUUACGCCCGCUACGGUGGUCGUGGCUCCCAGCUUGUUGUCGUUCCAUUCAACCAGGGCAGUAAUCAGGAUGUCAAUGCCCUUGUGGACUACAUCUACGACGAGAAGAAGGGUCUUGGAUGGGAUUUGGACUUCAUUGUGCCAUUCGCUGCCAUUCCUGAGAAUGGACGUGAGAUCGACAGCAUUGACAGCAAGUCUGAGCUGGCUCACCGUAUCAUGCUUACGAACCUCCUCCGCAUGCUCGGUGCCGUCAAGAGCCAGAAGGCCACUCGCGGCUUCGAGACUCGCCCAGCACAAGUCAUCCUCCCACUGUCACCGAACCACGGUACAUUCGGUAACGAUGGUCUCUACUCUGAGUCCAAAUUGGCUCUGGAGACUCUCUUCAACCGAUGGCACUCAGAGAGCUGGGGCAACUUCCUCACCAUCUGCGGUGCUGUCAUUGGCUGGACUCGUGGUACUGGUCUCAUGGGUGGCAACAACAUCGUUGCUGAGGGUGUUGAGCGCUACGGCGUCCGCACUUUCUCGCAGCAAGAGAUGGCUUUCAACUUGCUCGGACUCAUGUCGCCCGCCAUCGUCAACCUUUGCCAGAACGAGCCUGUGUUUGCUGACCUGAACGGUGGUCUGCAAUUCUUGCCAAACCUUAAGGAUCUGAUGACGCGCCUGCGCAAGGAUAUCACUGAGACUGCUGAGAUCCGCAAGGCUGUCACUCGUGAGACUGCCGUGGAGAACAAGAUUGUCAACGGCGAGGACAGCGAGGCUCUUUACAAGACUGUCAAGGUUGAGAAGCGUGCCAACCUCAAGUUUGACUUCCCCAAGCUUCCAGACUGGAAGGAAGUCGAGCCUCUCAACGCCAACCUCAAGGGUAUGGUCGAUCUUGAGAAGGUCGUUGUUGUCACUGGUUUCGCAGAAGUCGGACCUUGGGGUAACGCUCGCACCCGAUGGGAGAUGGAGGCAUACGGCCAGUUCUCUCUUGAGGGCUGUGUUGAGAUGGCCUGGAUCAUGGGCUUGAUCAAGAACUUCAACGGCAACCUUAAGGGCAAGAGCUACUCUGGUUGGGUUGAUGCCAAGUCUGGCGAGCCUGUCGACGACAAGGACGUCAAGGCCAAGUACGAGAAGCAUAUUCUCGACCACUCUGGUAUUCGUCUGAUUGAGCCCGAGCUCUUCAAUGGCUACGACCCCAACAAGAAGCAGCUUAUGCAAGAGAUCCAGAUCGAGGAGGACCUCGAUCCAUUCGAGUCGUCCAAGGAGACUGCGGAAGAGUUCAAGCGCGAGCACGGCGAGAAGGUGGAGGUCUUUGAGCUCGAAUCUGGCGAAUAUCAGGUCCGUCUCAAGAAGGGCGCCACACUGCUCAUUCCAAAGGCCCUUCGCUUCGAUCGUCUUGUUGCCGGUCAAGUGCCAACUGGAUGGGAUGCAAAGAAGUAUGGUGUGCCAGACGACAUCAUCUCCCAAGUCGACCCAGUCACCCUCUACGUGCUGGUUUCUACUGCUGAGGCUCUGCUGUCCUCGGGUAUCACCGAUCCAUACGAGUUCUACAAGUAUGUGCACAUUUCCGAGGUCGGUAACUGCAUCGGUUCCGGUAUUGGUGGUACUACCGCCUUGCGUGGAAUGUACAAGGACCGCUUCCUCGACAAGCCUCUACAGAAGGAUAUCCUCCAGGAGUCCUUCAUCAACACAAUGAGUGCUUGGAUUAACAUGUUGCUCAUGUCCUCUACUGGUCCCAUCAGAACACCUGUCGGAGCUUGCGCAACUGCUGUGGAAUCUAUCGAUAUCGGUUACGACUGUAUCGUUGAGGGCAAGGCUCGCAUGUGCUUCGUUGGUGGUUUCGAUGACUUCCAAGAGGAAGGCUCGUAUGAGUUCGCCAACAUGGGCGCCACCAGCAACGCCCGCGACGAGUUCGCUCAUGGACGUACACCAAAGGAAAUGUCGCGACCAACGACCACCACACGUAACGGCUUUAUGGAGUCGCAGGGUUGCGGUAUGCAGGUGAUCAUGGACGCCAAGCUCGCUCUUGACAUGGGAGUACCGAUCUACGGUAUUCUUGGUUACACAGCCACUGCCACUGACAAAAUUGGUCGCUCUGUUCCAGCACCUGGUCAGGGUGUCUUGACUGGCGCUCGUGAGCAAGCUGGCAAGUUCCCAUCGCCUCUGCUUGACAUCAAGUACCGCAAGAGGCAACUCGACCUCCGCAAGAAACAGAUCAAGAAUUGGCAAGAGUCUGAGCUUCUGUACCUCGAGGAAGAGGUCAACGCCAUGAAGCAGCAAGGCGCUGAGUUCAACGAGACUGAGUACAUGGAGGACCGCGCUCUUCACAUCGAGCGUGAGGCUCGCCGCCAAGAGAAGGACGCGCUUUCAAGCUUGGGCAACAACUUCUGGAAGCAAGAUCCUCGCAUCGCGCCACUUCGUGGUGCCCUUGCCACUUGGGGCCUGACGAUCGACGAUCUCGACGUCGCAUCUUUCCACGGUACCUCUACUGUAGCCAACGACAAGAACGAGUCCGAUGUGAUCUGCCAACAGAUGAAGCACCUUGGCCGACAAAAGGGCAACGCAUUGUUGGGUAUCUUCCAGAAGUACCUCACUGGUCACCCCAAGGGUGCCGCUGGUGCUUGGAUGUUCAACGGCUGUCUGCAAGUCCUCAAUUCUGGUCUUGUGCCAGGCAACAGGAAUGCAGACAAUGUCGACAAGGUCAUGGAGAAGUUCGAUUACAUCGUCUACCCCAGCCAGAGCAUUCAGACCGAUGGCAUCAAGGCUUUCUCCGUCACCUCCUUCGGUUUCGGCCAGAAGGGUGCUCAGGCUAUUGGUAUCCACCCCAAGUAUCUCUUUGCCACGCUUGACCAAGCGCAGUUCCAGACCUACAAGCAGAAGGUUGAGGCACGACAGAAGAAAGCGUACAGGUACUACCAUGAUGGUCUCAUCAACAACACCAUGUUCCGUGCCAAGAGCAAGUCACCUUACGAGGAUGCUCAGCAGAGCAAGGUCUUCCUCGACCCAACUGUCCGCGUUUCAGUCGAUAAGAAGACGAACGAGCUCAUUUACCCCAAGACGGCGCCGAAGAAGAUCCAGGACAAGAGCACCACGCAGAUGGUUGAGACCUUGAUGAAGGUCAAUGCUUCACAGAACUCGAACCCAGGUGUCGACAUCGAGCAAAUCGAUGCCAUUGACAUCAGCAAUGAUACCUUUAUCGAGCGAAACUUCACUUCCGAGGAGAUUGCUUACUGCCGCAAGGCAGCCAGCCCACAGGCCAGCUUCGUUGGCAAGUGGAGUGCGAAGGAGGCUGUCUUCAAGAGCUUGAAGGUUCCUAGCCAAGGCGGUGGUGCUGCCAUGAAGGACAUUGAGAUUGCGAAUGACGAGAAUGGCGCGCCUGCCGUGAGACUUCACGGAGACGCAAAGGCCGCCGCAGACAAGGCUGGCAUCAAGUCGACGACUGUAUCGAUCAGCCACAGCGACGUGCAGGUCAUCGCUGUUGCGAUCUCAGCAUUUUAACUGCAUGACGACGGGAAAGAAUGAGCAUAUGUGUGCGUGCAGAGGUGUGUGUAAAGAGUAAUUAACGAGCGGGAUACCAGUCAGUCGUCGGGCGCAACGUUUUAUGAAAUGUAUCGUGUACAAAGCGAGUAUAGAGUAGUCAUGGGCUUCAGGACUCUUGAAUUUGACAGGAGUCUGGAGCAAGCAAGAUGGAUGAAUGGAACGCUUACGCUACGAUGUUGCAGUAAGUAGAUAAAUCAACGCAGGGUGCUAGAUUUUCUUCAUGA